AUGGAGGAGCUCCUCAAUGGCACCAUCGAUCCGGCCUGUUUGCAGGAGCCCCCGCUGGCCCUGGACGUGAUAAGGCAGCUGGAUGUGUUUGGGUGGUGCCUGUACUCGGUGCUCACCUUCAUGUCCUGCGUCUCCCUGCUGCUGUACCUGGACCAGUGCGUCUAUAUUUAUAAAAACAUGUCCUACCCCAAGAAGACCACCCUCAUCUGGAUCAGUGGCGCCGCACCAGUCAUUGCCACCAUGUCUUGUUUUGGGAUGUGGAUCCCGAGGGCCGUGAUGUUCACGGACAUGACGUCAAACUGUUAUUUUGCAGUCGUGGUGUAUAAGGUCUUGGUUCUGCUCAUCGAAGAGUUCGGGGGCAGCGCUGGUUUCCUCCGGCGGUUUUCAGGUAAACCGUUCAUCAUCCGCACCGGACCGUGCUGCUGCUGCUGCCUCUGUCUACCCCAAGUGCCCAUGUCACGGCGGUGGUUGUUCUUCCUGAAGUUGGGCGUUCUCCAGUACGCCAUCCUGAAGACGAUCCUCUCCAUCCUCUCCAUCGUGUUGUGGACAAACGGCAACUUUGAUCUCGCCGACCUAGAGAUCACGGGCACGGCCAUUUGGAUUAACCCGUUCAUCGGCGUCCUAACCAUCAUCUCCCUUUGGCCCGUUGCCAUCGUCUUCAUAAACACCAACGGCUUCCUGCGCGACCUCAACAUCAUGCCCAAAUACGCCCUCUACCAGCUCAUACUUGUCCUGAGUCAGCUGCAGACGUCAAUCAUUAACAUCCUGGCAAUGGAUGGGACCAUCGCCUGUGCCCCCCCCUUCUCUUCUGUGGCCCGAGGCUCCAUGCUGAAUCAGCAGAUACUCAUCGUGGAGAUGUUCAUCAUCACCGUGGUCAAUCAGCAUUUGUACCGUCGAACCUACGACGACCUUUCGCCCGAGGUUCAGGACAACGACAAGAAUGACGCCGAAGUCGCCCUGAAGACGACGCUGGUGGAGCACGACGUCUGA